AUGUCUAUAUCAACUUUCCGUCGCCAUUCAGCAUUCGUUUCAAACGUGAGGCUAUUUUACUCCCGUGUCUAUAACAACUUUCCGUCGCCAUUUCAGCAUUCUUUUCAAAACGUGAGGAUAUUUUUACUCCCGUGUCUAUAUCACCUUUCCGUUGCCAUUUCAGCAUUCGUUUCAAACAUUUUUAUCUAUUUCACCUAUAGCAGCAUCUAUUUUAGUCCCGUGUCUAUAUCACCUCUCCGUCGCCAUUUCAGCAUCUAUUUCAAAUACAAGGCUGUUUUACUCCCGUCUAUAUCACCUUCCAUUGCCAUUUCAGCAUCUAUUUCAAGUACAAGGCUAUUUUUACUCCGUGUCUAUAUCAACUUUCGUCGCCAUUUCAGCAUUCGUUUCAAACGUGAGGCUAUUUUACUCCCGUGUCUAUAUCAACUUUCCGUCGCCAUUUCAGCAUCUAUUUCAAACAAGGCUAUUUUUAUCCCGUGUCUAUAUCACCUUUCCGUCGCCAUUUCAGCAUUCUAUUUCAAACGUGAGGCUAUUUUGCUCCCGUGUCUAUAUCAAUCCUCCAUCGCCAUUUCAGCAUCUAUUUCAAACGUGAGGCUAUUUUACUCCCGUGUCUAUAUCAACUUUCCAUCGCCAUUGCAGCAUCUAUUUUCAAACGUCAGGCUAUUUUGGUCCAAGUUCUAUAUCAACUUUCCGUCGCCAUUUCAGCAUCUAUUUCAAACCAUCUAUUUCAAACGUGAGGCUAUUUUACUCCCGUGUCUAUCAAUCUUUCCGUUGCCAUUUCAGCAUCUAUUUCAAACGAGGCUAUUUUUACUCCCGUGUCUAUAUCAACAUUCCAUCGCCAUUUCAGCAUCUAUUUCAAGGCGUGAGGCUAUUUUACUCCCGAGUCUGUCAACUUUCCGUCGCCAUUUCAGCAUCUAUUUCAAACCAUUCUAUUUCAAACGUGAGGCUAUUUUACUCCCGUGUCUAUCACCUCUCAUCGCCAUUUCAGCAUUCGUUUUCAAACGUGAGGCUAUUUUUACUCCCGUGUCUAUAUCACCUUUCCGUCGCCAUUUUCAGCAUUCGUUUCAAACGUACAAGGCUAUUUUACUCCCGUGUCUAUAUCAAAUUUCCAUCGCCAUUUCAGCAUUCGUUUUCAAACGCAAGGCUAUUUUACUCCCGUGUCUAUAUCACCUUUCCAUUGCCAUUGCAGCAUCUAUUUUAAGUACAAGGCCAUUUUUUUACUCCCGUGUCUAUAUCACCCUCCAUCGCCAUUGCAGCAUCUUAUUUCAAGUACAAGGCGUUUUUAUCCCUGUGUCUAUAUCACCCUUUCGCCAUUCAGCAUCUAUUUCAAACGUGAGGCUAUUUGCUCCCGUGUCUAUAUCACCUCCAUCGCCAUUGCAGCAUCUAUUUCAAGUACAAGGCUAUUUUACUCCGUGUCUAUAUCACCUUUCCAUCGCCAUUGCAGCAUUUUACCCCGUCAAACGCUCCAUCGCCAUUAUAUUUUCCCCGUGUCUAUAUCCUCUCCAUCGCCAUUUCAGCAUCUAUUUCAAACGUGAGGCUAUUUUACUCCCGUGUCUAUAUCACCUCUCCAUCGCCAUUUUGCAUCUAUUUCAUGUGUCUAUAUCACCUCCAUCGCCAUUGCAGCAUCUAUUAUUUCAAAUACAAGGCUAUUUUUUAAUCCCCAGACUAUAUCAUUUCAGCAUCUAUUUCAAGUACAAGGCUAUUUUCCUGAUAGCAACCGUGUCUAUCAACUCUCCAUCCAUUUCAGCAUUCGUUUCAAACGUGAGGCUAUUUUACUCCGUGUCUAUCAACUCUCCAUCGCCAUUGCAGCAUCUUUUUCAACCAUCUAUUUCAAGUACAAAGGCUAUUUUACUCCCGUGUCUAUAUCAUCUCUCCAUCGCCAUUGCAGCAUCUAUUUCAAACGUGAGGCUAUUUUGCUCCCGUAAUCUAUAUCACCUUCCCAUCGCCAUUGCAGCAUUCGUUUCAAACGUGGGCUAUUUUGCUCCCGUGUCUAUAUCACCUCUCCAUCGCCAUUGCAGCAUCUAUUUCAAACCAUCUAUUUCAAACGUGAGGCUAUUUUACUCCCGUGUCUAUAUCACCUCCACCGCCAUUGAAGCAUCUGUUUCCAAACGUGAGGCUAUUUUACUCCCGUGUCUUUAUCAAUCCUCUCCAUCGCCAUUGCAGCAUUCGCCAUUUCAAGCAUUCCAAACCAUCUAUUUUAAACGUGAGGCUAUUUUUACUCCCCGUGUCUAUAUCAACUAUCCGUCGCCAUUGCAGCAUCUUUUUCAAACGUGUGAGGCUAUUUUACUCCCGUGUCUAUAUCAACUCUCCGUCGCCAUUUCAGCAUCUAUUUCAACAUUCCUUUCAAACGAGGUUAUUUUCACCGUCUCCGUCGCCAUAGCAGCAUCUAUUUCAAACGUGAGAUCUAUUUUAAUCCUGUGUCUAUAUUACCUCUCAAUCGCCAUUGCAGCAUCUAUUUCAAUAUCACCACCUUCCAUCGCCAUUUCAGCAUCUAUUUCAAACGUAAAGGCUAUUUUACUCCCUGUGUCUAUAUCACCUCUCCAUCGCCAUUUCAGUAUCUAUUUGCAAACCAUUCGUUUCAAACGUGAUGCUAUUUUACUCCCCGUGUCUAUAUCAACUUUCCGUCGCCAUUUCAGCAUCUAUUUCAAACGUGAGGUUAUUUACUCCCGUGUCUAUAUCAAUUUUCGUCGCCAUUUCAGCAUUCGUUUCAAACGUGAUGCUUUUUACUCCCGUUCAUAUCGUUUCGUCGCCAUUUCUGCAUUCGUUUCAAACCAUAUUUCAAACGUGAGGCUAUUUUACUCCCGUGUCUAUCAACUUUCCGUUGCCAUUUCAGCAUUCGUUUCAAACGUGAGGCUAUUUUACUCCCGUAUCUAUAUCAACUUUCCGUCGCCAUUUCAGCAUUCGUUUUUUCAAACGGGAGGCUAUUUUACUCCGUGUCUAUAUCAAAUUUCCGUUGCCAUUACAGCAUUCGUUUCAAACGUGAGGCUAUUUUUACUCCCCGUGUCUAUAUCAACUUUCCGUUGCCAUUUCAGCAUUCGUUUCAAACGUGAGGCUAUUUUACUCCCCGUCUAUAUCAAAUUUUCCGUCGCCAUUACAGCAUUCGUUUCAAACGUGAGGCUAUUUUACUCCCGUGUCCAUAUCAACUUUCCGUCGCCAUUUCAGCAUUCGUUUCAAACCAUUCGUUUCAAACGUGAUGCUAUUUUACUCCCGUGUCUAUAUCAACUUUCCGUUGCCAUUUCAGCAUUCCUUUCAAACGUGAGGCUAUUUUACUCCCGUGUUCAUAUCCGUCUCCAUUUCGGCAUUCGUUUCAAACGGGAUCUGUUUACUCCGUCGCCAUUUCCGUUUGCCAUUUCAGCAUUCAUUUCAAACGUGAGGCUAUUUUACUCCCGUGUCUAUAUCAACUUUUCCUGUCGCCAUUUCAGCAUUCGUUUCAAACGAGGCUAUUUUACUCCCGUGUCUAUAUCGUUUCCGUUGCCAUAUUCGUUUCCAAACGUGAGGCUUUUUACUCCGUUGCCAUUUCGUUGCCAUUUCAGCAUUCGAUUCAAACGUGAGGCUAUUUUGCUCCCGUCCCGUGUCAAUAUUUCAAACGUGAGGCUGUCCCGUGUCUAUCAACUUUCCGUUGCCUUUUCAGCAUUCGUUUCAAACGAGGCUAUUUUGCUCCCGUGUCUAUAUCAACUUUCCGUCGCCAUUUCAUCAUUCUGUUUCAAACGUGAGGCUAUUUUACUCCCCGUGUCUAUAUCAACUUUCCGUCGCCAUUUCAGCAUUCGUUUUUCAAACCAUUCGUUCAAACGUGAGGCUAUUUUACUCCGUGUUUCAAACGUUCGAGGUCUAUUUUUACUCCCGUGUCUAUAUCAACUUUCUCGCCAUUUCAACAUUCGUUUUUUCAAACGUGAGGCAAUUUUGUCGCCAUUCCGUCGUUUCAAACGUCUAUAUCCCGUGUCUAUCCUUCCGUUGCCAUUUCAGCAUUCGUUUCAAACCAUUCGUUUCAAACGUGAGGCAAUUUUACUCCCGUGUCUAUAUCAACUUUCCGUCGCCAUUCGCAAACGUGAGGCCAUUUUACUCCCGUGUCUAGCAUCAACUCUUCCGUUGCCAUUUCAGCAUUCGUUUUCAAACCAUUCGUUUUUCAAACGUGAGGCUAUUUUACUCCCGUGUCUAUAUCAACUUUCCGUCGCCAUUUCAGCAUUCAUUUUCAAACGUGAGCUAUUUUACUCCCGUGUCUAUCAACUUUCCGUCGCCAUUUCAGCAUUCGUUUCAAACGUGAGGCUAUUUUUACUCCCGUGUCUAUAUCAACUUUCCGUCGCCAUUUCAGCAUUCGUUUCAAACGUGAGGCUAUUUUACUCCCGUGUCUAUAUCAACUUUCCCGUUGCCAUUUCAGCAUUCGUUUCAAACGUGAGCUAUUUUACUCCCGUGUCUAUAUCAACUUUCCGUCGCCAUUUCAGCAUUCGUUUCAAACGUCAGGCUAUUUUUACUCCCGUGUCUAUCAACUUUCCGUCGCCAUUUCAGCAUUCGUUUCAAAACGUGGGCUAUUUUUACUCCCGUGUCUAUAUCAACUUUCCGUCGCCAUUUCAGCAUUCGUUUCAAACCAUCUAUUUCAAACGUGAGGCUAUUUUGUACUCCCGUGUUCUCAACUUUCAACUUUCCGUUGCCAUUUCAUCAUCUUUCCGUCGCCAUUUCAAACGUGAGGCUGUUUUACUCCCGUGUCUAUAUCAACUUUCCCUCGCCAUUUCAGCAUUCGUUUCAAAACCAUCCAAACGUGAGGCUAUUUUACUCCGUGUCUAUAUCACCUGCCAUUUCAGCAUCUGUUUCAAAUGUGAGCUUUUACUCCGUGUGCCAUUUCCGUUGCCAUUCGUUUCAAACGUGAGAGGCUAUUUUACUCCCGUGUCUAUAUCACCUCCCACCGCCAUUUCAGCAUUCGUUUCAAACGUGAAAAGAACAUUUUUACUCCCGUGUCUAUAUCAACUCUCCAUCGCCAUUGCAGCGUCGUUUCAAACCAUUCGUUUCAAACGUGAGGCUAUUUUACUCCGUGUCUAUAUCAACUUUCCGUCGCCAUUUCAGCAUUCGUUUCAAACGUGCCAUUUCAGCAUUUGCUUUUUUACUCCCGUGUCUAUAUCACCUCUCGGUCGCCAUAGCAGCAUCUAUUUCAAGUACAAGGCUAUUUUACUCCCGUGUCUACAUCUCACCUCUCCGUCGCCGCCAAAGCAUCUGUUUCAAGUAUACUAUUUUACUCCGUGUCUAUCACCUCUCCGUGGCCAUAGCAGCAUCUAUUUCAACAUUCGUUUCAAACGUGAGGCUAUUUUUACUCCCGUGUCUAUAUCAACUUUCCGUUGCCAUUUCAGCAUUCGUUUCAAACGUGAGGCUAUUUUACUCCCGAGUCUAUAUCAACCCUCUCAUCCAUUUCAGCAUUCGUUUUUCAAACGUGAGGCUAUUUUGCUCCCGUGUCUAUCAUCAAUUUUCCGCCAUUUCAGCAUUCGUUUCAAACGUGAGGCUAUUUGCAUUCCCGCGUCUAUCAACUUUCCGUUGCCAUUUCAGCAUUCGUUUCAAACCAUUUUUCAAACAUUUUUUACUCCUUUUUCAAACGUUCCAUCGCCGAUAGCAUUCGUUUUUUCAAACGUAUUUUUACUCCGUGUCUAUAUCAACUUUCCAUCGCCAUUUCAGCAUUCGUUUUUCAAACGUGAGGCUAUUUUGCUCCCGUGUUACUAUCCCUCCAUCCCCCUAGCAACAUCUAUUUCAAGUUAUUUUACCCCGUGUUCAUCACCUUUCCUCGCCAUAGCAGCAUCGUUUUCAAACAUAAGGCAAUUUUACUCCUUGUCUAUAACCUCUCCAUCGCCAUUGCAGCAUCUAUUUCAAGUACAAGGCUAUUUUACUCCCGUUUUAUCACCUCUCCAUCGCCAUUGCAGCAUCUAUUUCAAGUACAAGGCUAUUUUACUCCCGUGUCUAUAUCACCUCUCCAUCGCCAUUGCAGCAUCUUUUCCAAGCACAAGGCUAUUUUACUCCGUGUCUAUCACCUCUCCAUCGCCAUUGCAGCAUCUAUUUCAAGUACAAGGUUAUUUCGUGGAUUUAUAUCCUCUCCAUCGCCAUAGCAACAUCUAUUUCAAGUACCAAAGGCUAUUUUUUACUCCCGUGUCUAUAUCACCUCCAUCCCAUUGCAGCAUCUUUUCAGCAUUCGAACUCCCGUGUUAUAUCACCUCCCAUCGCCAUUGCAGCAUCUAUUUCAACAUCUAUUUCAAGUACAAGGCUAUUUUUACUCCCGUGUCUAUAUCACCUCCAUCGCCAUUGCCAGCAUCUAUUUUCAAGUACAAGGCUAUUUUACUCCCGUGUCUAUAUCAACUCUCCAUCGCCGCAGCCUAUUUCAACAUCUAUUUCAAGGCUAUUUUACUCCCGUGUCUAUAUCACCUCUCCAUCGCCAUUGCAGCAUCUAUUUCAAACAAGGCUAUUUUUAAUCCCGUGUCCAUAUCAACUCUCGUUGCCAUUUCAGCAUUCGUUUUAAAAUUCUAUUUCUCCCGUGUCUAUCACGUUGCCAUUUCAGCAUUCAUUUCAAACGAGGUCCUCCCGUGUCUAUAUCAACUCUCCACCGCCAUUGAAGCAUUCGUUUCAAACGUGGCUAUUUUACUCCCGUCUAUAUCAACUUUCCGUUGCCAUUGCAGCAUUCGUUUAAACGUGAGGCAAUUUUUACUCCCGUGUUCUUUCACCUCUCCAUCGCCAUUUCAUUCGUUUUUUUCAAACGUGAGGCUAUUUUACUCCCGUGUCUCUCUCCAUCGCCAUUGCAGCAUUCGUUUCAAACGUGAGGCUAUUUUCCGUGUCUCCUUUGUUUGCCAUUUCGUUUCAUCAUUUUACUUUCUAUAUCAACUUUCGUUGCCAUUUCAGCAUUCGUUUCCUCCCAUUCGUUUCAAACGUGAGGCUAUUUUACUCCCGUGUCUAUAUCAACUUUCCGUUGCCAUUUCAUCAUUCGUUUUUCAAACCAUUCGUUUAAAACGUGAGGCUAUCUUACUCCCGUGUCUAUUUUUAUUUCAGCAUUCGUUUUCCGUGUCAUAUCAACUUUCCGUCGCCAUUUCAGCAUUCGUUUCAAACGUGAGGCUAUUUUACUCCCCGUGUCAAUCAAAUUUCCGUGCCAUUUCAGCAUUCGUUUCAAACGUGAGGCUAUUUUACUCCCGUGUCUAUAUCAAUUCUCCGUCGCCAUUGGCAUCUAUUUCAAACAAGGCUAUUUUACCCCGUGUCUAUAUUAACUCUCCAUCCCCAUUUCAUCUGUUUCAAACCAUCUAUUUCAAACCAAGGCUAUUUUGCUCCCGUGUUCAUAUCACCCUCCAUCCCCAUCGCAACAUCUAUUUCAAGUACAAAGGCUAUUUUACUCCCGUGUCUAUAUCAAUAGCAGCAUCUAUUUCAAACCAUCUAUUUAACAGUACAAAGGCUAUUUUACUCCCGUGUCUAUAUCACCUCUCCAUCGCCAUUGCAGCAUCUAUUUCUAUUUUUACAUAUCACCUCUCCAUCGCCAUUGCAAGCAUCUAUUUUGCUAUUUUACUCCCGUGUCUAUAUCACCUUUCCAUCGCCAUAGCAACAUCUAUUUCAGCAUUUAACUCCGUGUCUAAACGUCCGUCGCCAUUGCAGCAUCUAUUUCAAGUACAGGCUAUUUUACUCCCGUGUCGUCAACUUUCCCUCGCCAUAGCAGCUAUUCGUUUCAAACCAUUGCAGCAUCUAUUUCCAUAUCAACUUUCUCCCUCGUAUAGCAAGGCUAUUUUACUCCCUGUGUCUAUCACCUCUCCAUCGCCAUUGCAGCAUCUAUUUCAAGUAUUUUUAAUCCCGUGUCAGGCCAUAGCAGCAUCUAUUUCAAGUAAAAGGCUAUUUUGCUCCCGUGACUAUAUCACCUCUCCAUCGCCAUUGCAACAUCUAUUUCAGGUACAAGGCUAUUUUACUCCCGUGUCUAUAUCCGUCUCCAUCGCCAUUGCAGCAUCUAUUUCAACAUCUAUUUCAAACGUACAUUUUACUCCGUGUCCAUAUCAACUCUCCACCGCCAUUUCUGUCGUUUCAAACGUGAGGCUAUUUUACUCCCGUGUGUAUAUCCCUUUCCCGUUGCCAUUGCAGCAUUCGUUUCAAAACGUGAGGCAAUUUUACUCCCCGUGUCUAUAUCGUGCCAUUGAAGUAUCUAACGAGCGUUUUACUCCGUGUCUCCAACUUUCCGUUGCCAUUUCAGCAUUCGUUUCAAACCAUUCGUUUUCAAACGUGGCUAUUUUGCUCGUGUCUAUAUCAACUUUCCGUCGCCAUUUCAGCAUUCGUUUCAAACGUGAGGCCAUUUUACUCCCGUGUCUAUCAACUUUCCGUUGCCAUUUCAUCAUUCGUUUCAAACGAGGCUAUUUUAUUCCGUGUCUAUAUCAAUCCACUCCGUCGCCAUUGCAGCAUCUAUUUCAACAUUCGUUCAAACGUGAGGCUAUUUUUACUCCCGUGUCUAUAUCAACUUUCCGUUGCCAUUUCAGCAUUCGUUUCAAAACCAUUCGUUUCAAACGUGAGGCUAUUUUACUCCCGUGUCUAUAUCAACUUUCCAUCGCCAUUUCAGCAUCCGUUUUCAAACGUGAGGCUAUUUUACUCCCGUGUCUAUAUCAACUUUCCCGCCAUUUCAGUCGUUUCAAACGUGAGGCUAUUUACUCCGUGUCGCCAUUGCCGUCGCAUCAUAUCUAUUUCAAACGUCAAGGCUAUUUUACUCCCGUGUCUAUAUCACCUCUCCCGUCGUCAUUUCAGCAUCUAUUUCAAACCAACAGCAUUCGUUUCAAAGGCUAUUUUUACUCCGUGUCUAUAUCACCUCUCCGUCGCCAUCUAUUCGUUUCAAACGUGCUAUUUUACUCCCGUGUCAUAUCACCUUUCCGUUGCCAUUGCAGCAUCUAUUUCAAACGUGAGGCUAUUUUACUCCCGUGUCUAUAUCACCUCUCCGUCGCCAUUUCAGCAUUCGUUUCAAACGUGAGGCUAUUUUACUCCCGUGUCCAUAUCACCUCUUUAUCUAUUUCAGCAUUCGUUUCAAAUGAGGCUAUUUUACUCCCUGUCUAUAUCCAACUUUCUCCAUUUCAGCCAUUCGUUUCAAACAUCUAUGUUCAUAUCAACUUUCCGUUGCCAUUUCAGCAUUUUUCAAACGUGAAGUAUUUUACUCAGUGUCUAUAUCACCUCUCCAUCGCCAUUUCCGCAUUCGUUUUUCAAACUCUAUAUCACUCCCUGUCUAUAUCAACUUUCCGCCCAUUUCGGUAUUCGUUUUCAAUCGUGAGGCUAUUUACUCCCGUGUCUAUAUCAACUCUCCUUCGCCAUUGCAGCAUUCGUUUCAAGUACAAAGCUAUUUUACUCCCGUGUCUAUAUCACCUCUCCAUCGCCAUUUCAGCAUCUAUUUCAAACGUGAAGGCUAUUUUACUCCCGUGUCUAUAUCAACUUUCCGUUGCCAUCGCAGCAUUCGUUUCAAACCAUCUGUUUCAAACCUAUUUUGCUCCCGUGUCUAUUUCAACUCUCCAUCGCCAUUGCGCAUCUAUUUUCAAGUUACUGUUUUACACCCGUGUCUAUUUUCAUCGCCAUUGCAGCAUCUAUUUCAAAGGCUAUUUUACUCCCGUGUCUAUAUCCUUUCCAUCGCCAUUGCAGCAUCUUUUUAACCAUCUUUUCAAGUACAAGGCUUUUGCUCCGUGUCUAUAUCACCUUUCCCUCGCCAUUGCAGCAUCUAUUUCAAGCAUUGAGGCUAUUUUACUCCCGUGUCUGCUAUCAACUUUCCCUCGCCAUAAGCAGCAUUCGUUUUCAACCAGCAUCUAUUUCAAGUACAAGGCUAUUUUUAUCUGUGUCUAUAUCCUCUCCGUCGCCAUUGCAGCAUCUAUUUCAAGUAAGGCUAUUUUACUCCCCGUGUCUAUAUCACCUCUCAUCGCCAUUGCAGCAUCUAUUUCAAGUAAUAAGGCUGUUUUUUCCCGUGUCUAUAUCACCUCUCCAUCGCCAUUGCAGCAUCUAUUUCAACAGCAUAUCUAUUUCAAAACAAAGGCUAUUUUACUCCGUGUCUAUAUCACCUCCGUCAACAUUGCAGCAUCUAUUUUCAAGUACAAAAGCUAUUUUUAUCCCGUGUCUAUAUCACCUUUCCGUCGCCAUAUAGCAGCAUCUUUCAAACGUGAGGCAAUUUUGUCCCGUGUCUAUAUCACCUCUCCGUCGCCGCCGCAGCAUCUAUUUCAACAUCUAUUUCAAGUACAAGGCUAUUUUAAUCCUGUGUCUAUCACCUCUCCCAUCAUAGCAGCAUCUAUUUCAAGUACAAGGCUAUUUUACCCCGUGUCUAUAUCAUUCCGUCGCCAUUGCAGCAUCUAUUUCAAGUACAAGGCUAUUUUACUCCCGUGUCUAUCACCUCUCGCCAUUGCAACAUCUAUUUCAGUACUACAUUUUACUCCCGUCUAUAUUUCACUCUCCAUCGCCAUUGCGGCAUCUUUUUCAAGUACAAAGGCUAUUUUCAUCCCCGUGUCUAUAUCACCUCUCCAUCGCCAUUGCAGCAUCUAUUUCAAGCAUCUAUAUUUUCAUAGUACAAACGAGGCUAUUUUUAUUCCCGUGUUCUAUCACCUCUCCAUCGCCAUUGCAGCAUCUAUUUCAAAUUGUACCAAUUUCAAGGCUAUUUUACUCCGUGUCUAUAUCACCUCUCCAUCGCCAUUGCAGCAUCUAUUUCAAUUACAAGGCUAUUUUACUUCCGUGUCUAUAUCACCUCUCCGUCGCCAUUGCAGCAUCUAUUUCAAGUACAAAGCUAUUUUUACUCCCGUGUCUAUAUCACCUCUCCAUCGCCAUUGCAGCAUCUAUUUCAAGUACAAAACUAUUUUACUCCCAUUCAUCUAUAUCAUAUCUCUCCAUCGCCAUUGCAGCAUCUAUUUCAAGUACAAUGCUAUUUUACUCGUGUCUAUAUCACCUCUCCAUCGCCAUUGCAGCAUCUAUUUCAAAGCAGGCUAUUUUACUCCCGUGUUCAUUUCACCUCCCGCCAUUUACAGCAUCUAUUUCCAAAGUACAAAGGCUAUUUUACUCCCGUGUCUCCAUCGCCAUUGCAUCUAUUUCAAGUACAAGGCUAUUUUACAUAUCACCUCUCCAUCGCCAUUGGCUCUAUUUCAAGUACAAGGCUAUUUACUCCCGUGUCUAUAUCACCUCCCAUCGCCAUUGCAGCAUCUAUUUCAAGUACAAGGAAUAUAUUCACUCCAUCGCCAUGUCUAUAUCAAGAAAGCCUUUUGCUCCGUGUCUAUAUCUGCCUCUCCAUUUGCAGCAUCUAUUUCAAGUACAAGGCUAUUUUACUCCCGUCCGCCAUUGCAGCAUCUAUUUCAGUACAAGGCUCUCCGUGUCUAUAUCCUCUCCCUCGCCAUAGCAGCAUCUAUUUCAAUUACAAAUUCUAUUUUACUCCCGUGUCUAUCAUCGUCGCCAUUGCUCCAAGUCAAGUCUAUUUUACUCCGCAGCAACUUCUAUUUCAAUUCGUUUUCAAACGUGAGCUUUUUACUCCCGAUGUCUAUCAUCUCCGUCGCCAUAGCAUGGAUUUCAAGUACAUCUAUUUUACUCCCCCGUGUCUAUAUCACCUACAAGGCUAUUUUGCUCCCGUGUCUAUAUCACCUUUCAUCCCAUUGCAGCAUUAUUUCAAGUACAUCUUUACUUUCUAUAUAUCACCUUUCUCCAUCGCCAUUGCAGGCUAUUUUUUACUCCCCGUGUCUAUAUCACCUUUCCGUCGCCAUUUCAGCAUUCGUUUCAAACGUGACAAUUUAUUCGACUGUCUAUAUCACCUCUCGUCGCCAUUGCAGCAUCUUUUCAUCAAGGCUAUUUUACUCCGUGUCAUUUCCGUCGCCAUUCAUCUAUUUCAAGUACAAAGGCUAUUUUAUCCCGUGUCUAUAUCACCUCUCCAUUUUGCAGCAUCUAUUUCAAGUGGCUAUUUUUAUCAACUAUAUCACCUCUCCGUCGACAUUGCAGCAUCUAUUUUCAAGUACAAACGUGAAGGCUAUUUUACUCCCGUGUCUAUAUCACCUCUCCGUCGCCAUUUCGGCAUCUAUUUCAAGUACAAACGCUAUUUUUCCUCCCGUCUAUUUCCCUCCAUCGCCAUUGCAGCAUCUAUUUCAAGUACAAAGGGUAUUUUUACUCCCGUGUCUAUCACCACUCCAUCGCCAUUGCGGCAUCUAUUUCAAGUACAAGGCUAUUUUGCUCCCGUGUUAUAUCACCUCUCCAUCGCCAUUUGCAGCAUCUAUUUUGAAUUACAAGUCUAUUUUGUCUCGUAAUCUAUAUCACCUCUCCAUCGCCAUUGCAGCAUCUAUUUCAAGUACAUCUAUUUCAUCAGUCUCAUCGCCACAGCAUCUAUUUCAAUUACAAGUCUAUUUUACUCCCGUGUCUAUAUCACCUCUCCGUCGACAUUGCAGCAUCUGUUUCAAGUACAAAGGUAUUUUACUCCCGUGUCUAUCACCUCUCCAUCGCAUUGCAGCAUCUUUUCAAUUACAAGUCCCUCCGUGUCUAUAUCACCUCUCCAUCGCCAUUGCAGCAUCUAUUUUCAAGUACAAAGGCUAUUUUCCCGUGUCUAUCACCUCUCAUCGCCAUUGCAGAAUCUAUUUCAUCAAGUCUCCCGUGUCUAUAUCACCUCUCCAUUGCGGCAUCUAUUUCAAGUACAAGGCUAUUUUACUCCGUGUCUAUAUCACCUCUCCAUCGCCAUUGCAGCAUCUAUUUCAAGGCUAUUUGCUCCCGUGUCUAAUCACCUCCAUCGCCAUUGGCUCUAUUUUUACAAGUCCCUCGAUAGCAGCAUCUAUUUCAAGUGCACUUUGCUCCCGUGUCUAUAUCACCUCUCCAUCGCCAUUUCUAUUUCAAGCGGCAUCUAUUUCAUCGCCAUUGCAGCAUCUAUUUCAACACCAGGCUAUUUUACUCCCGUGUCUAUGUCACCUCCAUCGCCAUCGCCUAUUUCCAGCAAGCAUCUAUUUCCAUCGCCAUAGUCUAUUUCAGAAGGCUCCCGUGUCUAUUCUCCAUCGCCAUUUACAGCAUCUAUUUCAAGUCUAUUUUAUCCCGGUCUGUAUCCUCUCCAUCGCCAUUGCAGCAUCUGUUUCAAGUACAAGGCUAUUUUACUCCCGUGUCUAUAUCAUCUCCAUCGCCAUUGCGGCAUCUAUUUUUCAAGUACAAGGCUAUUUUGCUCCCGUGUCUAUAUCACCUCUCAUUUGCAGCCUAUUUUCAAUUACAUCUAUUUUUCAAGCCAUUGCGGCACCAUUUCCAAGGCUUAUUUUACUCCCGUGUCUAUCACUCUCCAUCGCCAUAGCAGCAUCUAUUUCAAUACAAGGCUAUUUUACUCCCGUGUCUCUAUCAACUUUCCCUCGCCAUAGCAGCAUUCUUUUCAAACGUGAGGCAAUUUUACUCCCGUGUCUAUAUCACCUCUCCGUCGCCAUAGCAGCAUCUAUUUCAAGUACAAGGCUAUUUUACUCCCGUGUCUAUAUCACCUCUCCAUCGCCAUUGCAGCAUCUAUUUCAAGUACAAGGCUAUUUUUGCUCCCCGUGUCUAUAUCACCUCUCCGUCGCCAUUGCAGCAUCUAUUUUCAAGUACAAAGGCUAUUUACUCCCGUGUCUAUAUCACCUCUCCAGCAUCGCCAUUGCAGCAUCUAUUUCCAAUUACAUGUCUAUUUUAGUCCCGUGUCUAUAUCACCUCUCCAUCGCCAUUGCAGCAUCUAUUUCAAGUACAAAGGCUAUUUUACUCCCGUGUCUAUAUCCACUCUCCAUCGACAUUGCAGCAUCUAUUUCAGGUACAAGGCUAUUUUACUCCCCGUGUCUAUAUCACCUCUCCGUCGCCAUUUACAGCAUCUAUUUCAAGUACAAGGCUAUUUUACUCCCGUGUCUAUCACACCUCUCUCCAUCAUUGCACAUCUAUUUCAAGUACAAAGGCUAUUUUACUCCCGUGUCUGUUCACCUCUCCUCGCCAUUGCGGCAUCUAUUUCAAUACAAAUUAUUUUCACCUCCCAUCGCCAUGCGGCAUCUAUUUCAUCCAAGGCUAUUUUGCUCCGUUCCCUCGCCAUUACAUCUAUUUCAAGCAUUCCCGUUUCAAACGUUUCAAGUACAAGGCAAUUUUACUCCCCGUGUCUGCUAUCACCUCUCCAUCGCCAUUGCCCGUCAAGGCUAUUUACUCCCGUAUAUCACCUCUCCAUCGCCAUUGCUCUAUUUCAAGUACAAAGGCUAUUUUACUCCCGUCUGUCUCCCUCGCCAUAGCAUCUAUUUCAGAAACAAGGCUAUUUACUCCCGGUGUCUAUAUCACCUCGUCGCCAUUCCAAGUAUAUUUUACUCCCGUGUCUCUAUCGCUGCCAUAGCAGCAUUCUUUUCAAACGUGAAAGGCAAUUUUACUCCCGUGUCUAUCACCUCUCCCAUCUAUUUCAAGUGCAAAGCUAUUUUACUCCCGUGUCUAUCCCUCUCCAUCGCCAUUGCAGCAUCUAUUUCAGUACAAACUAUUUUACUCGUGUCUAUAUCACCUCUCCAUCGCCAUUGCAGCAUCUAUUUCAGUACAUGUAUAUUUUACUCCCGUGUCUAUCACCUCUCCAUCGCCAUUGCAGCAUCUAUUUCAACAUCUAUUUCAAGUACAAGGCAUCGCCAUCACCUCUCCAUCGCCAUUUGCAGCAUCUAUUUCAAGUACAAAGGCUGUUUUACUCCCGUGUCUGUAUCACCUCUCCAUCGCCAUUGCAGCAUCUAUUUCAAGUACAAAUAUUUUGCUCCCGUGUCGAUAUCACCUCUCCAUCGCCAUUGCAGAAUCUAUUUCAAGUACAAGGCUAUUUUGCUCCCGUGUCUAUAUCACCUCUCCAUCGCCAUUGCAGCAUCUAUUUUCAAGUACAAGGCUAUUUUACUCCCGUGUCUAUCCUUCUCCAUCGCCAUUGCUCUAUUUCAAGUACAAGGCUAUUUUACUCCCGUGUCUAUAUCACCUCUCCGUCGCCAUUGCAGCAUCUAUUUCAAGUACAAGGCUAUUUUACUCCCGUGUCUAUAUCACCUCUCCAUCGCCAUUGCAGCAUCUAUUUCAAGUACAAGGCUAUUUUACUCCCGUGUCUAUAUCACCUCUCCGUCGCCAUUGCAGCAUCUAUUUCAAGUACAAUUUUACUCCCGUGUCUAUAUUUCCAUCGCCAUUGCUCCCGGCUAUUUUACUCCCGUGUCUAUCACCUCUCCAUCGCCAUUGCAGCAUCUAUUUCAAGUACAAGGCUAUUUUACUCCCGUGUCUAUAUCACCUCUCCGUCGCCAUUGCAGCAUCUAUUUCAAGUACAAGGCUAUUUUACUCCCGUGUCUAUAUCACCUCUCCCCUCGCCAUUUGCAGCAUCUAUUUCAAGUAUUUAAAGGCUCUCCAUUUUCUAUUUCAAGUCCAAGUCUAUUUUGCUCCCUCUCCGUCGCCAUUGCAGCAUCUGUUUCAAGUACAAGGCUAUUUUACUCCCGUGUCUAUAUCGCCUCUCCGUCGCCAUUGCAGCAUCUAUUUCAAGUACAAAGGCUAUUUUACUCCCGUGUCUAUAUCACCUCUCCCAUCGCCAUUGCAGCAUCUAUUUCAAAUACAAAGGCUAUUUUUACUCCCGUGUCUAUAUCACCUCUCCAUCGCCAUUUGCGGCAUCUAUUUCAAGUACAAGGCGUAUUUGCUCCCGUGUCUAUAUCCUCUCCGUCGCCAUUGCAGCAUCUAUUUCAAGUACAAGAAUAUUUUAGUCCCAUCUUAUCACUCUCCAUCGCCAUUGCAGCAUCUAUUUCAAGUACAAGGCUAUUUUACUCCCGUGUCUAUAUCCUCUCCGUCGCCAUUGCAGCAUAUGGCUUCAAGUACAAAGGCUAUUUUACUCGUGUCUGCCAUCACCUCUCGUCGCCAUUGCAGCAUCUAUUUCAAGUACAAGCUAUUUUACUCCGUGUCAAUAUCACCUUUCCGUCGCCAUUGCAGCAUUCUAUUUCAAACGUGAAGGCAAUUUUGCUCCCGUGUCUAUCACCUCUCCGUCCCAUUGCAGCAUCUAUUUCAAGUACAAGGCUAUUUUUACUCCGUGUCUAUAUCGCCUCUCCGUCGCCAUUGCAGCAUCUAUUUCAAAUUACAAGGCUAUUUUACUCGUGUCUAUAUCUCCUCUCCAUCGCCAUUGCAGCAUCUAAUUUCAAGUACAAAGCUAUUUUACUCCCGUGUCUAUCAUCUCUCCAUCGCCAUUGCGGCAUCUAUUUCAAGUACAAGGUCUAUUUUACUCCCGUGUCUAUAUCCUCUCCAUCGCCAUUGCAGCAUCUAUUUCAACAUCUAUUUCAAGUACAAGGCUAUUUUACUCCCGUGUCUAUCACCUCAUCGCCAUUACGGCAUAUUUCAAGUACAAAUUAUUUUACUCCCGUGUCUAUAAUCACCUCUCCAUCGCCAUUUGCGGCAUCUAUUUCAAGUACCAAAGGCUGUUUUACUCCCGUGUCUAUCUCCUCGCCACCAUCUCCAUCGCUAUAUCACCUUUACGCCAUUAAGCAUCUAUUUUCAAGUACAAGUCUAUUUUACUCCCGUGUCUGUUCAGCUUUCCCUCGCCAUAGCAGCAUUCGUUUCAAACGUGAGCUUUUACUCCCGUGUCUAUUUCAAGCCAUAGCAGCAUCUAUUUCAAGUACCAAGUUUGCUCCCGUGUCUAUAUCACCUCUCCAUCGCCAUUGCAAGCAUCUAUUUCAAGUACCAAGUCUAUUUUGCUCCCGUGUCUAUAUCACCUUUCCCUCGCCAUUGCAGCAUCUAUUUCAAACACAGUCUAUUUUACUUCCCGUGUCUAUAUCACCUCUCCAUCGCCAUUGCAGCAUCUAUUUCAAUUACAAGGCUAUUUUUACUCCCCGUGUCUAUAUCCUCUCCAUCGCCAUUGCAGCAUCUAUUUCAAGUACAAGGCUAUUUUACUCCCGUGUCUAUCACCUCUCCAUCGCCAUUGCAGCAUCUAUUUCAAGUACAAAGGCUAUUUUACUCCCGUGUCUAUCACCUCUCCAUCGCCAUUGCAGCAUCUGUUUCAAGUACCCUGUUUUGCGCUAUAUGCCUCUCCAGACGCAGCACCUAUUUCAAGUACAAGUUAUUUUAGCUCCAAGUACAAGUGUCCCGUGUAUAUCACCUCUCCGUCGCCAUUGCAGCAUCUAUUUCAAGUACAAGUCUAUUUUUCCUCCCAUAGUUCGUCUAUAUCACCUCUCCAUCGCCAUUGCAGCAUCUAUUUCAAGUACAAAGGCUAUUUUUCCCGUGUCUAUUUCAAGUGCCUCUCUAUCCCCUCAUCAUAUUGCAGCAUCUAUUUCAAGUACAAGGCUAUUUUACUCCGUGUCUAUAUCCAUCGCCAUUGCAGCAUCUAUUUCAAUUACAUGUCUAUUUUACUCCCGUGUCUGUAUCACCUCUCCAUCGCCAUUGCAGCAUCUAUUUUACAAGUACAAAGGCUAUUUUACUCCCCUUGUCUAUAUCACCUCUCCAUCGCCAUUGCAGCAUCUAUUUCAAAUUACAAGGCUAUUUUAUUCCCGUGUCUAUAACACCUCUCCAUCGCCCCUUUGCAGCAUCUAUUUCAAGUACAAAGGCUAUUUUACCCGUGUCUAUAUCACCCAUUCCAUCUAUUUCAAGCAAGGCUAUUUUACUGCAGCAUCUAUUUCAAGUACAAAGGCUAUUUUACUCCCGUGUCUAUAUCACCUCUCCAUCGCCAUUGCAGCAUCUAUUUCAACAUCUAUUUUACUCCGUCGCCAUAAGCAUCUAUUUUACAAGGCCCCGUGUCUAUGUCAUUCCAUCGCCAUUUGCAGCAUCUGUUUCAAGUACAAGGCUAUUUUACUCCCCGUGUCUAUAUCACCUUCUAUUUUCCAUCAAGGCUAUUUACUCCCGUGUCUAUCACCUCUCCAUCGCCAUUGCAGCAUCUAUUUCAAGUAUUUACUCCCGUGUCUAUAUCACCUCUCCAUCUUCAUUGCAGCAUAUUUUACACCCCGUGUCUAUAUCACCUCUCCAUCGCCAUUGCAGCAUCUAUUUCAAGUACAAGGCUAUUUUCACUCCCGUGUCUAUAUCACCUCUCCAUCGCCAUUGCAGCAUCUAUUUCAAGCACAAAGGCUAUUUUACUCCCGUGUCUAUAUCACCUCUCCCAUCGCCAUUGCAGCAUCUAUUUCAAGGCUACAAUCACCUAUUUUACUCCCCGUACAGGCUAUCACCCUCUCCAUCGCCAUUGCGGCAUCUAUUUCAAGUACAGACUGUUUACUCCCGUGUCUGUAUUUUCGCCAUAGCAGCAUCUAUUUCAACAUCUAUUUCAGAGUACAAGGCUAUUUUUACUCCGUGUCUAUAUCACCUCUCCAUCGCCAUUGCAGCAUCUAUUUCAAGUACAAGGCUAUUUUACUCCCGUGUCUGUAUCAUCCCAUCGCCAUUGCAGCAUCUAUUUCAAGUACAAAGCUAUUUUACUCCCGUGUCCACACCUCUCCAUCUCAUUGCAGCAUCUAUUUUCAAGUACAAACUAUUUUACUCCCGUGUCUAUAUCACCUCUCCAUCGCCAUUGCAGCAUCUAUUUCAAGUACAAUAUUUUACUCCCUGUGUCUAUAUCACCUCUCCAUCGCCAUUGCAGCACAUCUAUUUCAAGCACAAGGCUAUUUUACUCCCGUGUCUAUAUCACCUCUCCGUCGCCAUUGCAGCAUCUAUUCAAGUACAAAGGCUAUUUUACUCCCGUGUCUAUCACCUCUCCAUCGCCAUUGCAGCAUCUAUUUCAAUACAAGGCUAUUUUACUCCGUGUCUAAUUCUCCGUCGCCAUUGCAGCAUCUAUUUCCAAGUACAAUGCUAUUUGCUCCACGUGUCUCAUAUCACCUCUCCGUCGCCAUUGCAGCAUCUAUUUCAAAUCUGAGGCUAUUUGCUCCGUGUCUAUAUCACCUCUCCAUCGCCAUUGCAGCAUCUAUUUCAAGUACAAGGCUAUUUUACUCCCGUGUCUAUAUCACCUCUCCAUCGCCAUUGCAGCAUCUAUUUCAAGUACAAGUCUAUUUUACUCCCGUGUCUAUAUCACCUCUCCAUCGCCAUUGCAGCAUCUAUUUCAAGUACAAGGCUAUUUUACUCCCGUGUCUAUAUCUUUCUCCAUCGCCAUUGCAGCAUCUAUUUCAGUACAAGGCUAUUUUACUCCCGUGUCUAUAUCACCUCUCCAUCGCCAUAGCAACAUCUAUUUCAAGUACAAGGCUAUUUUACUCCCGUGUCUAUAUCACCUCUCCAUCGCCAUUGCAGCAUCUAUUUCAAGUACAAGGCUAUUUUACUCCCGUGUCUAUAUCACCUCUCCAUCGCCAUUAUAGCAUCUAUUUCAAGUACGUGAGCUGUUUACUCCCGUGUCUAUAUCACCUCUCCCAUUGCAGCAUCUAUUUCAAGUACAAAGGCUAUUUACGUGUCUAUAUCACCUCUCCAUCGCCAUUGCUCUAUUUCAAGUACAAGUAUAUUUUCUCCCCGUCUGUUUCACCUCUCCUCGCCAUAGCAGCAUUCUAUUUCAAGUGCAUUGAGCAAUUUUACUCCCGUGUCUAUCACCUCUCCGUCGCCAUUGCAGCAUCUAUUUCAAGUACAAGUUGUUUGCUCCCGUGUCUAUAUCAACUCUCCCUCGCCAUUUACAGCAUUCGUUUCAAACGUGGCAAUUUUACUCCCGUGUCUAUAUCACCUCUCCAUCGCCAUUGCGGCAUCUAUUUCAAGUACAAAGGCUGUUUUACUCCCGUGUCUAUAUCACCUCUCCAUCGCCAUUGCGGCAUCUUUAUUUCAAUUCGUAUAUUUUACUCCCGUGUCUAUAUCCCUCUCCAUCGCCAUUUGCAGCAUCUAUUUCAAGUACAAAGGCUAUUUUACUCCCGUGUCUGCCAUAUAUCAGCAUCUAUUUCUCCAUCUAUCCUCUCCAUCGCCAUUGCAGCAUCUAUUUCAAGUACAAGGCUUAUUUUACUCUCCGUGUCUGUUUCAAGUACAAGGCUCUUUUCCAUGUCUAACACCUCUCAUCGCCUUUGCAGCAUCUAUUUCAAGUACAAAGGCUAUUUUACUCCCGUGUCUAUGUCACUACUCCAUCGCCAUUGCAGCAUCUAUUUCAAGUACAAGGCUAUUUUACUCCCGUGUCUAUUUCACCUCUCCCCUCGCCAUAGCAGCAUCUGUUUCAAGUACAAGCCUAUUUUUGCUCCCGUGUCACCAUAUCACCUCUCCGUCGCCAUUGCAGCAUCUAUUUCAAGUACCGUCUAUUUUACUCCCGUGUAUCAACUUUCCCUCGCCAAAAGCGGCAUUCGUUUCAAACCAUCUAUUUCCAAGUACAAAGGCUAUUUUGCUCCCGUGUCUAUCACCUCUCCAUCGCCAUUGCAGCAUCUAUUUCAAGUACAAAGGCUAUUUUACUCCCGUCUGUCUCACCCCUCUCCAUCGCCAUUGCAGCAUCUAUUUCAAUUACAAGUCUAUUUUACUCCCGUGUCUAUAUCACCUCUCCAUCGCCAUUGCAGCAUCUAUUUCAAGUACAAGGCUGCUUUACUCCCGUGUCUGUAUCCAACUCUCCAUCGCCAUUGCGGCAUCUAUUUCAAUUACAAGUCUAUUUUACUCCCGUGUCUAUAUCACCUCUCCAUCGCCAUUGCAGCAUCUAUUUCAAGUACAAGGCUGUUUUGCUCCCCGUGUCUAUAUCCCUCUCCAUCGCCAGCAGCAUCUAUUUCAAGUACAAAGGCUACACUCCCGUGUCUAUAUCACCUCUCCAUCGCCAUUGCAGCAUCUAUUUCAAGUACAAGGCUAUUUGCUCCCGUGUCUAUCUUACUCUCCAUCGCCAUUUGCGGCAUCUGUUUCAGCCUGAGGCUAUUUUGCUCCGUGUCAUCACCUCUCCAUCGCCAUAGCAUCUGCAUCUAUUUUCAAGUGGACUGUUUUUGCUCCGUGUCGAUAUCACCCUCUCCAUCAUAUAGCAGAAUCUAUUUCAAGUACAAGGCUGUUUUACUCCCGUGUCUAUAUCACCCUCCAUCGCCAUUGCAGCAUCUAUUUCCAUUGGUAAAGGCUAUUUUACUCCCGUGUCUAUAUCACCUCUCAUCGCCAUUGCAGCAUCUAUUUCAAGUACAAAGGCUAUUUUACUCGUGUCCCCUCUCCGUGUCUAUUUCAUCAAAGGCUAUUUGGUCCCGUCUCCCGUCGCCAUUGCAGCAUCUAUUUCAAGUACAAGUGUCUAUUUUGGUCCCGUGUCUAUUUUUACUCCGUGUCUACCUCUCCAUCGCCAUUGCAGCAUCUAUUUCAAGUACAAGGCUAUUUUACUCCCGUGUCAAUAUCACCUCUCCGUCGCCAUUGCAGCAUCUAUUUCAAGUACAAAGGCUAUUUUUACUCCCGUGUCUAUAUCACCUCUCCGUCGCCAUUGCGGCAUCUAUUUCAAGUACCAAGGCUAUUUUACUCCCGUGUCUGUAUCACCUCUCCGUCGCCAUUGCGGCAUCUAUUUCAAGUAAAGGCUAUUUUACUCCCGUGUCACCUAUCUCUCCGUCGCCAUUGCAGCAUCUAUUUCAAGUACAAAGGCUGUUUUGCUCCCGUGUCUAUAUCCUCCUCCGUCGCCAUUGCAGUAUCUGUUUCAAGUACAAAGGCUUUUUACUCCCGUGUCUAUAUCACCUCUCCAUCGCCAUUGCAGCAUCUAUUUCAAGUACAAGGCUAUUUUACUCCCGUGUCUAUCACCUCUCCAUCUUCAUUGCAGCAUCUAUUUCCAAUACAAGGCUGUUUGCUUCCGUGUCUAUAUCACCUCCAUCGCCAUUGCGGCAUCUAUUUCAAGUACAAGGCUAUUUUUGCUCCCGUGUCUAUAUCACCUCUCCAUCGCCAUUUGCAGCAUCUGUUUCAAGUACUGCAGGCUGUUUGCUCCCGUGUCUAUAUCACCUCUCCAUCAUAUUUAGCAUCUAUUUCCAACAUCUAACAGGGGUACAAGGCUAUUUUGCUCGUAUGCCUCUCCAUCGCCAUUUGCAGCUUCCUGUUUCUGAGUACAAGGCUAUUUUGCUCCCGUGUCUAUUUCCUCUCCUCGCCAUGGCAGCAUCAUUUCGUACAGUAUUUUACUCCCGUGUCUGUAUCACCUCUCAUCAUCUAUUUCAAGUACAAUUUCGCGCCGUGUCUAUGUCUCUCCAUCGCCAUUGCAGCAUCUAUUUCAGAGUACAAGGCCUAUUUUACUCCGUGUCUAUAUCACCUCUCAUCGCCAUUGCGGCCUCUGUUCAAGGCACAAAGGCUAUUUACUCCCGUGUCUAUAUCCUCCAUCGCCAUUGCAGCAUCUAUUUCAAUUACAUGUCUAUUUUUCUCCCGUGUCCUAUAUCACCUCUCCAUCUUCAUUGCAGCAUCUAUUUCAAGUACAAAGGCUAUUUUACUCCCGUGUCUAUAUCACCUCUCCAUCAUAAGCAGCAUCUAUUUCAAGUACACAAUAUUUACCCCGUGUCUAUAACCUCUCAUCGCUCUUGCAUCUAUUUUCAAGUACAAGGCUAUUUUACUCCCGUGUCUAUCACCUCUCCAUCGCCAUUGCAGCAUCUAUUUCAAGUACAAGGCUAUUUUACCCCGUGUCUAUUUCACCUCUCCAUCGCCAUACAGCAUCUAUUUCAACAUCUAUUUCAAGUACAAGUCUAUUUUACCCCGUGUCUAUAUCAACCCUCCAUCGCCAUUGUUUCAAACGAGGCAAUCUAUUUCAUAGUACAAUUUGGCUAUUUUUUAAAUGUCUAUAUCACCUCUCCAUCGCCAUUGCAGCAUCUAUUUCAGGUACAAGGCUAUUUUGCUCCGUGUUCAUAUCACCCUCUCCGUCGCCAUUGCAGCAUCUAUUUCCUAGCAUAUUUCAAUUACAAGGCUAUUUUACUCCCGUGUCUAUAUCACCUCUCCGUCGCCAUUGCAGCAUCUAUUUCAAGUACCAGGCUUUUAAUUUGCUCAUAUAUCACCUCUCAUCGCCAUUGCAGCAUCUAUUUCAAUUACAAGUCUAUUUUACUCCCCGUGUCAAUAUCACCUCCCGUCGCCAUUGCAGCAUCUAUUUCAAGUACAAGGCUAUUUUUACUCCCGUGUCUAUAUCACCUCCAUCCGUCGCCAUUGCAGCAUCUAUUUCAAGUACAAAGGCUAUUUUCCAUCCCGUGUCUAUAUCACCUCCAUCGCCAUUGCAGCAUCUAUUUCAAGUACAAGGCUAUUUUACUCCCUGUUAUAUCUUCCUCUCCGUCGCCAUUGCAGCAUCUAUUUCAAGUACAAAGGCUAUUUUACUCGUGUCUAUAUCAUCACCUCUCCAUCGCCAUUGCGGCAUCUAUUUCAAGUACAAUGCUAUUUUACUCCCGUGUCGAUAUCACCCUCUCCGUCGCCAUUGCAGAAUCUAUUUCAUUACAAGGCUAUUUUGCUCCCGUGUCUAUGUCACCUCUCCGUCGCCAUUGCAGCAUCUAUUUCAGAGUACAAGGCUAUUUUUACUCCCGUGUCUAUAUCACCUCUCCAUCGCCAUUGCAGCAUCUAUUUCAAGUAAUAAGGUAUUUUGCCCCGUGUCUAUAUCACCUCUCCAUCGCCAUUGCAGCAUCUAUUUCAAGUACAAGGCUAUUUUACUCCCGUGUCUAUAUCACCUCUCCAUCGCCAUUGCAGCAUCUAUUUCAAAGUACAAAGGCUAUUUUUACUCCCGUGUCUAUAUCACCUCUCAUCACAGCAUCUAUUUCAAGGCUAUUUUUACUCCGUGUCUAUAUCAUUCGCCAUUGCAGCAUCUGUUUCAAGUACAAGGCUAUUUACUCCCCGUGUCUAUAUCACCUCUCAUCGCCGUUGCAGCAUCUACUUUCAGAGUACAAGGUUAUUUUACCCCGUGUCAAUAUCACCCUCUCCAUCGCCAUUGCAGCAUCUAUUUCAAGCACAAGGCUAUUUUACUCCUGUGUCUAUAUCACCUCUCCGUCGCCAUUUGCAGCAUCUAUUUCAAGUACAAGGCUAUUUUGCUCCCGUGUUCAUAUAUCACUCUCCCUCGCCAUUGCAGUAUCUAUUUCAAGUACAAGGCUAUUUUACUCCGUGUCUAUAUCGCCUCUCCGGUCGCCAUUGCAGCAUCUAUUUCAAGUACAAGGUUAUUUUACUCCCGUGUCUAUAUCACCUUCCGUCGCCAUUGCAGCAUUCAUUUCAAACGUGGGCAAUUUUACUCCCGUGUCUAUAUCACCUCUCCGUCGCCAUUGCAGCAUCUAUUUCCAAUACAAGGCUAUUUACUCCCGUGUCUAUAUCACCUCUCCAUCGCCAUUGCAGCAUCUAUUUCAAGUACAAAGGCUAUUUUACCCCGUUGUCUAUCACCUCUCCAUCGCCAUUGCGGCAUCUAUUUCAAGUACAAGGCUAUUUUGCCCCGUUGUCUAUAUUUCUUUCUCCAUCGCCAUUGCAGCAUCUAUUUCAAUUACAAGGCUAUUUUACUCCCGUGUCUAUAUCACCUCUCCAUCGCCAUUGCAGCAUCUGUUUCAAAAAUUACAAGGCUAUUUUACUCCCGUGUCUAUAUCACCUCUCCAUCGCCACUGCGGCAUCUAUUUUCUGGCUAUUUUACUCCCGUGUCUAUAUCACCUCUCCAUCGCCAUUGCGGCAUCUAUUUCAAGUACAAGGCUGUUUUUGCUCCCGUGUCUAUAUCACCUCUCCAUCGCCAUUGCAGCACCUAUUUCAGAGUACAAGGCUAUUUUAUUUCCCCUCGUGUCUAUUUCAAGUACCUUGUUUGCUCCCGUCUAUAUCACCUCUCCGUCUCAUUGCAGCAUCUAUUUCAACAGCAUUCGUGUCAAACGUAUUUUGCUCCAUCACCUCUCCAUCGCCAUUGCAGCAUCUAUUUCCGACAUCUAUUUCAAGUACAAGUCUAUUUUACUCCCGUGUCUAUAUCAACUUUCCCUCGCCAUAGCAGCAUUCGUUUCAAACGUGAGGCUAUUUUACUCCCGUGUCUAUAUCACCUCUCCAUCGCCAUUGCAGCAUCUAUUUCAAGUACAAGGCUAUUUUACUCCCGUGUCUAUAUCACCUCUCCAUCGCCAUUGCAGCAUCUAUUUCAAGUACAAGGCUAUUUUACUCCCGUGUCUAUAUCACCUCUCCAUCGCCAUUGCAGCAUCUAUUUCAAGUACAAGGCUGUUUUUGUCCCGUGUCUAUAUCACCUCUCCAUCGCCAUUGCACACCUAUUUCAGACCAUUCGUGUCAGCAUCUAUUUCUAUCCUCUCACGUCGCCAUUGCAGCAUCUAUUUUUACUCCGUGUCUAUCACCUCUCCAUCGCCAUUGCAGCAUCUAUUUCAAAUACAAGGCUAUUUUACUCCCGUGUCUAUAUCACCUCUCAUCGCCAUUGCAGCAUCUAUUUCAAGUACAAGGCUUUUUACUCCCGUGUCUAUCAAUUCUCUCCAUCGCCAUUGCAGAUCUAUUUCAAGUACAAGUCUAUUUUACUCCCGUGUCUAUAUCACCUCUCCAUCGCCAUUGCAGCAUCUAUUUCAAUUACAAGUCUAUUUUACUCCCGUGUCUAUAUCACCUCUCCAUCGCCAUUGCAGCAUCUAUUUCAAGUACAAGGCUAUUUUACUCCCGUGUCUAUAUCACCUCUCCAUCGCCAUUGCAGCGUAUUUCCAGAACAAGGCUAUUUUACUCCCGUGUCUAUAUCACCUCUCCAUCGCCAUUGCAGCAUCUGUUUCAGGAGCACAAGGCUAUUUUGCUCCCGUGUCUAUAUCACCUCUCCAUCGCCAUUGCGGCAUCUAUUUUCAGAGUACAAGGCUGUUUAAUUCCCGUGUCUAUAUCACCUCUCCAUCGCCAUUGCAGCAUCUAUUUCAGAGUAGGCUAAGGCUAUUUUCCAUGUAUUUGCCCUGUGUCCGUGUCUAUAUCACCUUCCAUCGCCAUUGCAGCAUCUAUUUCAAGUAUACAAGGCUAUUUUACUCCCGUGUCUAUCAUUUCCAUCGCCAUUGCCAUUGCAGCAUCUAUUUCAAGUACAAGGCUAUUUUUUGCCUGUGUCUAUAUCACCUCUCCAUCGCCAUUGCAGCAUCUAUUUCAAGUAAUAAGGCUAUUUUACUCCCGGUGUCUAUAUCACCUCUCCAUCGCCAUUGCAGCAUCUAUUUCAGUAUAAGCUAUUUUGCUCCCGUGUCUAUAUCACCUCCCAUUGCCAUCUGUUUCAGCACAAAGGCUAUUUUUUACCCGUGUCUAUAUCCUCUCCAUCGCCAUUGCAGCAUCUAUUUCAGGUACAAAGGCUAUUUUGCUCCCGUGUCUAUAUCACCUCUCCAUCGCCAUUGCAGCAUCUAUUUCAAGUACAAGGCUAUUUUAGGUCUAUAUCACCUUCCAUCAACCAUUCGCAGCAUCUAUUUCAACAUCUAUUUCAAGUACACGGCUAUUUUACUCCCGUGUUCAUAUCACCUCUCCAUCGCCAUUUUAGGCAUCUAUUUCAGAAUCUAUUUCAAGUACGGCUAUUUUACUCCCGUGUCUAUAUCACCUCUCCAUCGCCAUUGCAGCAUCUAUUUCAAGUACAAGGCUGUUGCUCCCCGUUCUAAUUCGUGUCUAUUUCAAGUACAAGGCCUUUUGCUCCCGUGUCUAUAUCCUUCGCCAUUGCAUCUAUUUCAAGUACAAGGCUAUUUUACUCCCGUGUCUAUAUCACUCUCCAUCGCCAUUGGGCAUCUAUUUCAACAUCUAUUUCCUGUGUUUACUCCCGUGUCUAUAUCACCUCUCCAUCGCCAUUGCAGCAUCUAUUUCAAGCACAAGGCUGUUUUGAUUCCGUGUCUAUAUCACCUCUCAUCGCCAUUGCAGCAUCUAUCAAGUAAUAUUAUUUUACUCCCGUGUCUAUCACCUUCCAUCGCCAUUGCAGCAUCUAUUUCAAGUACAAGGCUAUUUUUACCCCGUGUCUAUCACCUCCUCCAUCGCCAUUGCAGCAUCUAUUUCAAGUACAAGGCUAUUUUUUGCCGUGUCUAUAUCACCUCUCCAUCGCCAUUGCAGCAUCUAUUUCAACAUCUGUUUCCAGGUACAAGGUCUAUUUGCUCGCCAUUGUCUAUAUUUUACUCCCCGUGUCUAUCACCUCCAUCGCCAUUGCAGCAUCUAUUUCAAGUACAAGGCUGCUUUUUACCCCCUGCAAGUCUAUUUUCCAUCGCCAUUGCAGCAUCUAUUUCAAGUACAAGGCUAUUUUUAAUUCCGUCUAUAUUUCACCUCUCCAUCGCCAUUGCAGCAUCUGUUUUCCAAUUACAAGUCUAUUUUACUCCCGUGUCUAUAUCACCUCUCCAUCGCCAUUUGCAGCAUUAUUUCAAGUACAAUAUUUUUUGCUCCCUGUGUCUAUAUCAACUCUCCAUCGCCAUUGCAGCAUCUAUUUCAAAUUAUAAAGUCUUAUUUUACCCCGUGUCUAUAUCAACUUUCCGUUGCCAUUUCGGCAUUCGUUUUCAAACCAUUCGUUUCAAAGGAGGCAAUUUUCUCCCGUGUCAAACCCUUAAUCGCCUUUUCCUUUUUUCCGCUUUCUUUCAAAAAAUAUUUUCCCCCCGUGUCUUUCAUUUUCCUUGCCUUUUUCGGCUUUCUUUUAAA